AUGCAAGCAGACAAUGUACGCGAGCAGCUGAUACGGUCAAUGGAAUGGUCUGAUGUGGAGCUCGUGAGCGUGCAAGAUCAGAAGAUAAGGUUCACGGCGAUUAUGCAGGCGUUGUGUUGUGGGCUUUUCAUGCAGGUUGUGCACAAGGAGGGAGAAACAGGGAGUUAUAUGACCUUGAAGGAUAAUCAGGUCGUGGCACUGCAUCCAUCAUGCGGGCUGGACACGCAGCCGGACUGGGUGAGUUCAUAA